AUUUCUGUAACAACAGCACAACGGUUUCAAUCAAGCUUCAAGCACGUCAAGGGGAUACAGACAGUCAAGAUGGCGACUACAGUAGAUAAGAUCAAGGACAUCGAGGCCGAAAUGGCCAAGACCCAGAAAAAUAAAGCAACCUCUUUCCAUCUCGGGCAACUGAAAGCAAAACUUGCUAAGCUCAAGAGAGAACUCCUCGAGCCCAGCAGCAGCGGAGGCGGCGGUGCUGGUGUUGGUUUCGAUGUCGCUAGAACUGGUGUGGCUAGUGUAGGCUUUAUAGGCUUUCCCUCGGUGGGCAAGAGUACGCUCAUGAGCAAGUUGACUGGGCAGCACUCCGAGGCAGCUGCAUACGAGUUCACGACCCUCACCACAGUGCCUGGUCAAGUCAUGUAUAAUGGAGCUAAGAUUCAGAUUCUGGAUCUCCCCGGUAUUAUCCAAGGUGCGAAAGACGGGAAGGGUCGCGGUCGGCAGGUCAUUGCAGUCGCAAAGACGUGCCAUUUGAUCUUCAUCAUCUUAGAUGUGAAUAAGCCACUCACCGACAAGCGCGUCAUCGAAAACGAACUGGAAGGUUUCGGGAUCCGAAUCAACAAAAGCCCUCCCAACAUUGUCCUCAAGAAGAAGGACAAGGGUGGUAUUAAUAUCACUUCGACUGUCCCGCUAUCACACAUUGACCACGACGAGAUCAAGGCUGUGUUGAACGAAUACCGCAUGGCAAAUGCUGAUGUCGCUAUUCGAUGCGACGCCACUGUUGACGAUCUGAUCGAUAUCGUCGAAGCGAAGGGCCGAAGCUAUAUCCCAGUUAUUUACGCGCUGAAUAAGAUCGACGCCAUCACUAUUGAGGAGCUUGACCUGCUCUAUCGAAUCCCGAACGCUUGUCCUAUCAGUUCUGAGCAUGGCUGGAACAUCGACGAGCUACUUGAGCAGAUGUGGGAGAAGCUAGCCCUCGUCCGUGUCUAUACAAAGCCCAAGGGCAGGAUGCCCGAUUAUACUGCACCAGUCGUCUUGCGAUCGACCGCCUGCACCGUUGAAGAUUUCUGCCACUCUAUCCACAAGACGAUCGUUGAGCAAUUCAAGCACGCCAUCGUCUACGGCAAAUCAGUCAAGCAUCAACCUCAGCGCGUGGGACUCUCUCACGAGCUUGCCGACGAAGACAUUGGUACGUACUCGCCGAUGUUAGUCCGUUAGUGGAGUGCCCUUUGCUCACCAUGUGGCCAGUCACCAUUGUAAAACGAUAGAUUGAGUCUUGUGACUUAAGAUCCCUCCUGCGGCAUUAAGGCCUUUCGACCUUGCGAUAGAGAGUGAGUGGAGAGGAAGGAGGCUUCUAGAUGGCUAAAUAUGUCUCACUGCGAUACCAAUGCUAGGUC